AUGGAUAAAAUUCAACAAUUAAAAGAUAUUUCAAGAAAAUUUAAUUUUCUUUUACUUGAAGAUCGAAAAUUUGCUGAUAUUGGUAAUACUGUAACAUUACAAUAUACAAAAGGUCUUUUUCGAAUUGCUGAAUGGGCAGAUUUUGUUAAUGUUCAUGUUUUACCCGGUGUAGGUAUUACAGCACAAUUAAUCAAUGAACCACGUGGAUGUUUAUUAAUAGCACAAAUGUCAUCAAAAGGAGCUCUUACAGAUAAUGAAGAUUAUGUUAAAGGUGUGAUAAGAUGUACUGAUAAAUAUUCGGAUUUUGUUAUUGGAUUUAUUUCCCAAUUACAUUUAACAACUAGUAAUAAAUAUCUUCAUUGUACUCCAGGUGUUCAUUUGAAUAAUACCGGUGAUCAACUUCGUCAACAAUAUGUAACACCAUAG